GCCCCCCGCCCCGCUUCAGCUUAGGGCGCUUUCCAAAAGGACAAAGCGAAAGCUCGCACCGACCGAACAUCACUUAGGCCAUUCCCUCCCUUCCGCCCGUCGUCUCUCUCACCUUUGUCGUGAGACUUUUGAAGAGGAAAUCCGAGAGCGCUGAGCGGCCGGACGGUUGGGAUUCGCUUCUCCCCUCUCUCUCUCCUUCUCUCUUUAUCUCUCCUCUGAUUUGUUCUGAGAGAAAUGAAUGGAGAGGGGCAGGUCUUGGAAGAGGAGAGCGUGAAAAUGGAGGAGCCCAAGGAGAGGUUGGUCCACAUGUGGGGGUACCUUCCGGGGGCCCUGCCCCAGAGGUCGCCGCUCCUGUCCCCGGUGGUCGUUAGGUUGCCGGCUUCGGUUGGAGCUGCUGGGAGCUCGUGGAAGGACGUGUGCGGUGGCGGCUGCGGAUUCGCUAUGGCCAUUUCAGAUUCUGGGAAGCUCAUAACAUGGGGUUCAACUGAUGAUCUCGGCCAAAGCUACGUUACGUCUGGAAAGCAUGGGGAAACACCGGAACCAUUUCCUCUCCGGACGGAUGCUUCUAUAGUGAAUGCGGCAGCUGGUUGGGCCCAUUGCGUUGCUGUUACAGAUGUUGGAGAAGUAUACACGUGGGGCUGGAAAGAGUGUGUUCCCUCUGGUAAGGUCUUUGGAGAUUCUUCUGUCAGUAGAAGUCUAGAAAAGGAUGCAUUGGACAGACACACCUCCUUCCUGAGUGAACAAGUGAGCCCUCGACCUCAAGGCUUGAGAUCCAGCAGUGGUACGGGCACCUUAUCUGCUGGUGAUAGCAAAGGCAGUGGAGAAGAAGGCACGAAGAGAAGAAGGGUUUCAACGGCUAAACAAGCAGCUGAAAGCUCAUCCUCUUCUGAAGAGACUCUCUCGGCUUUGCCUUGUUUAGUGGCAUUGAAUCCUGGAGUGCGGAUUGUGGCUGUUGCAGCUGGGGGACGCCACACUCUUGCCUUAUCAGAUAUGGGACAGGUUUGGGGUUGGGGAUAUGGAGGUGAAGGACAGCUCGGUUUGGGCUCCAGGAUACGGAUGGUGUCCUCUCCGCAUCCGAUACCUUGUGUAGAAACAUCUUCAUAUGCAAAGGAAAGGUCUAUGACCCUUCCUCGAGGAAGUGUGAGCUCUGAAAUGCAAAGUUACCGAGUCCCUGGGACUUAUGUGAAGCAGAUUGCAUGCGGUGGACGGCACAGUGCAGUAAUCACAGAUGCAGGAGCUCUUCUGACUUUUGGCUGGGGACUCUAUGGACAGUGUGGACAAGGAAGUACCGAUGAUGAAUUGAGCCCAACAUGCGUAUCGUCUUUACUCGGCAUCCCAAUAGUAGCUGUCGCUGCAGGUCUUUGGCAUACCAUCUGCAUAUCUGCUGAUGGUGAUGUCUAUUCAUUUGGCGGGAAUCAGUUCGGGCAGUUGGGAACUGGUUCUGAUCAAGCUGAGACUCUGCCUAGGCUGUUGGAUGCUUCAAUCUUGGAAAAUGUCCACACAAAAGCUGUCUCUUGUGGAGCUCGACACUCUGCAGUGAUCGCAGACGAUGGUAAAGUUUUCUGCUGGGGAUGGAACAAAUACGGGCAGAUGUCAAUUCUCGUUGCAUUUCACAGCUUGGGUUAGGUGAUGUGAUUGACCGCAACAUUCCCUCUGAAGUGACAAUCGAAGGAUGCAUCCCGAAGAAAGUGGCCUGUGGAUGGUGGCACACUCUACUGCUGUCCGACUCACUGACGUGAAUGAAGGUUCCUCUUAACAUUCUUUAGAAGCUUGAGAUCGACCCACAGUUUUGAUAGGUUAGUGUAGAUGUUGGAUGAUGGAAAGGAUCACUAGCAUUUCUAUGUAAUAUGUAAAUACGCCGAGCCAUGUAACAUAUGCUACAUUAAAUGCGCAUGGAAUGGCUAAGUCGUCCGAUUCUUUCGUGGCCAGACUAAACCUGUGGCCCUAGGUAGUUGCUUACUUCACAUGAGCUCUUGGUACAUUUUCUUAGGCAUAUUUUUAGUUGUCGUUUUCUGUUUCCUAUAGAGAGGUGGAUUUAUGUUCCUAAGCC